GAGAUCUCGUGCACGCUGCCUUUCCGAUACCGGGAAGGUAUUGCUAGUUGUUGAAGCAGUUGCACUUGCAGUGUCGUGUGCUGAAGUCUGUGAAGACCAUUCAACGGGUUACUUGCGCGCUCAACUAUUUGGAGAGAACGUUCGCAGCGGUGUUGCAGUGGUUUCUUGUUUGGUGGAAGGCCUAGGCUGGACAGAAGGGGAGUAGUCACGCUGUACCACUAUGGAGGAGAACCUUCCGAGCCUCAGCGGCGGUGGCGGCAGUCUGGACGAGGACAGCCCAUCCUAUUCUCUGCCUGGUGUUCUGCAGUUCGUGCAGCACGAAUGGGCGCGCUUUGAGCGAGAGCGAUCACGCUGGGACGUUGAACGCGCAGAGUUACAGGCCAAGCUGGCUUUUCUGCAGGGCGAAAGGCGCGGCCAAGAGAAUCUGAAGUUUGAUUUGGUGCGGAGAAUAAAGAUGUUGGAAUACGCCUUACGUCAGGAAAGAUUAAAGUAUCACCAGCUCAAGUAUGGCACAGCAGCACCGCUGUGCGAGGACUUGAAUGGCGGCAGCAGUUCCUCGGAUAACUCAGCCUCGGCAGUCCCUGGUAGCUCAGUCAACAAACUUCGGCCUGGCCGUGAACUAUUGAGACAGUACCUUCAAGAGGUGAAAGUAACAGAUAGCAUGCUGGAGGUGAGGGAGGUGUGUCGCAGCCGUGUGCUCAAUGCCGCGUCCGACACUGGUCGGUUUGCCGGCGCUGAUGGCAUGCGCUCGCGUUCACUGUCCACGCGCUCCAACAGCUGCUCGUUUAGCGCAUCGGACAGCAACCUGAGCGGAUUUAAUGUUGCGUGUCGCGCCACCACGGCAUCACCACCUCCCGGCACGGAACGGCCACCUGGAAUGGUAGACUUUGCAACAGAGUUCAAGCCAGCCCGAUCGCCUACGGGUGCUGCUCCUGGUCAACUGCCGCACGUGACACCAUCUUCUUCAUUGACGGCAGCAACCACAUCACCUUCAUCUUCAGGGUCUGUGGCUGCACCAGCCCCAUCACCACCUGGGGCAGAUAUGAUUGAAACUGUAUGCGGUGAUAUCCCAGCUUCGCUAGCUGUAAAUGAAGCCCGCAAAGGCUCGCCGGAUGCAAAGUAUCCUGCAGAUGAGGAUGCGGACGAAAUAGAGGAGAGCAGCGGCAGAGAAGAGGAGCGCUUCUCAGCCGCGCUAUCUCAGGAGCCGCCCACGUGGAUGGCGGCCGCUUCGUCGUCGCAUCGCUCUCCAGAGCCCAAAUCUGACGCCACCGUGCCGAAGAGUCCACGAUCGGCGGCGGCGGCAUCAUCACAUGACCCCACCAAGACCCUGUCCGACUUAGGGCUAUUGCCAAGGGGCCUGAGCACAGAAGACUCGCCGCUGCCGCCAUCGAGUAGUAGCCAGAGUAGUGCUGAUGGCGCGUGCAUUGGUCACGGUAGUGGUGUUGCUGAUCACAAACAUCCUACCGAGACACCGUCCCCUGGCCCACGUGCUGGCAACCGCCUCUCACACGCUGAAGCAUCGGCUGGAGCUGACCCCUUGGCCAGCUUUAAUGACCACCUCCCACCUGGACACCUACCAGCAUCUGGAAAUCUACUGCCUGGGCAUGCGAAAGAUGGUACACUCAUUGCGACAAACCGUCAAAGACGCUCUUCACCUGGAAUUAAUAUUGGUGAUCGAGACGCCAUGAACACAGCUGAUCUUGUUAGUUUAACACAGGAAUCUUCAUCAGCCCUGGAAGAGCAGGUUGCCAUUGAGGAUGCGAGGAAAGUGUGGGCACCAAAGUUCUCCUUGCACAGUCACUAUGAUUGUGUCCGAUCGGUCGUCUUUCAUCCUUCCGAGCUAAUGAUGUUGACGGCAUCGGAGGACUCCACGGUUAAACUCUGGAAUCUGGAGAAGCAGCCCGUUGGCAAAAGGAAUGCUCUACCAGAACUGGAGCCAAUCCACACAUUUCGCGGGCACAAAGGUGCAGUGCUGUGUACUGGCUUCAGCCCGAGCGGACAGCAUUGCUUCAGCGGCGGAUUGGAUGGCAAGCUACAGCAGUGGAACGUCUGCUCUGCAAGCUCGGAGCUGUAUGGUCCGUAUGAUGGUGUACAAGAUGGAAACACAGUGCUGGCAGUCCACGAUGAAUGCAUCUGGGACAUGUCAGUCCACAGCGUGUCACCGCUAGUGGCGACUGCAUCAGCCGACGGUACAGCGUGCGUGUGGAAUUGGUCAAGCCGCUCAUCUCAACCUGGUGCCACGGGGUGUCUCGCUCAGAAGUUGGUUUCAAGUCAUGUUGAAUCGGGCAAGACUAUGGUUCCAACGAGUGUUGACUUUGUACACAAUGAGCCUGGACAGUUGAUGGUUAGCUACCAGUCAGGGCAAGCCAUACUGUAUGACUAUCAGGCUGGCAAACCGGUUUGCUCUUUCACAGGUAUUGGCAGCUGCCAAGUGAACAAGGUUGCCUGUCACCCUACGCUCAGUUUCAGUAUUGCUGGACUGGAUGACCGGAGAAUAGUGUACCUAGACCAUCGCACUGGACAAGUAAUGUUCAGCAUGCUGGCACAUCUUGAUUCGGUCUCAUGCCUGUCUAUAGACCCUACCGGCCUCUACUUUCUUUCUGGAAGUCAUGACUGUUCACUGCGCUUGUGGACUAUCGAAUCACGAGCGUGCGUCCAGGAAAUGACGGCACAUCGCAGGAAGAACGACGAAGCUGUGUUUAGUGUUGCAUUUCAUCCGAGCAAGGGCUACCUCGCCAGUGGUGGUGCUGAUUCUGUCGCCAAAGUAUUCACGUGAUGGCGCUUAUGGCUGCAGUGAAACUCGGGACGGUACUAAACACACGCCAUUGAGAUUGAGAGCUACUUGAGUGUAGCCGGUAGAAUGCAGCAAGAUGAUCUGGCCUAUACGUGUAGAUUCGAAGAACAAAAAUAGUAGAAGUGUUUGAGUAUGUACAUGACUACAUUGAGCCUAACAGAAUACCGAUGGAAAUGACUGGCCGAUACGAGAUGCAUACUGGCAUAUGAAGCUAUUGAAUUGAAUUGCACUUCAGAGCUUCUCAGUAGCACUGCAGAUGUACUAGUACUGCUAUUGGACAGAUAAAAAUUAAUGUCAUAGUCUUGUACCAAGCUCUCAGGCUAAUGGAUUAUCCCGGCACUAAACGGCUAGCCUCGUCUUCUGCAUGCAUGCCCUGUGACUCUUACUUCCACCAGGCAAUCGCUAUCAUUACUAGUGCGGAUGGUGAUACAUGGAAGUAGACCGGACAAAAUGUGUGGCUCCAGUCCUGGCUGCUCUGGAUAUGGUGUGGCUCCAGUCCUGGCUGCUCUGGAUAUGGUGUGGCUCCAGUCCUGGCUGCUCUGGAUAUGGUGUGGCUCCAGUCCUGGCUGCUCUGGAUAUGUUAGCCGUACCGCUAUUAGCACUGUUGAACCAAGGCUGUGCGUUGUGGUACACCUUGAACUCUCAACUAGAUUCGAUGAAUAGUCAUGAGUAUGGACACAGACUAUGUUCUGUGCUGAUGAUUGCGUUUCUGUUUGUUUUUGUCAAGCUUGUUAAUUUUACAGACGUUCAGUUGCAUUCAGUUGCACUGCGGCCAAAGUAUGUCCUCAUUUCUAGACAAUGUCAUUAAAACUGACAGCUAUGUGAAACCGAAUUUUAUCCCAUUGCUCCUUGCUACCACUGCUUUGAAAAUAGUGUCAAUAUUUUUA